AGUGCGAGCGCGUAAAUACGAUACGGGGCUGUAUUGAUUUUGUGUCUAAAAAAUAUCAAACUGCUGCAUGGUCACCCAUGAAUGAAAGUACAGAAUUAGGAGAGGACUUCAAGUGCAAGCUCCCAAACGUUUCGAUGUCAACUCAAUCAAAAACAAUGCCAAUGAUUGAUUUAAAAGUUUACAUCCGCGUUGUAGCCGCAGUGUUUUCGAUUUCUUCAGCAACGGCAUUAGUGAUGGCAUUGCUCCGGCUGUUGACACCUAAUCUGUUCUAUGUGGAACCUCUAGAUGGCAGCAAUAUUGUAUUGCACUACUUUAUAACCGGUUUAAUGGUGGUCACAAGUGCCAUUGGCCUUCUCAAUAGCUGUGUUGUGAUGAACCGCAGUGCUGCAAAGAACACAGGCCGCAAUAUAACCACUUGGCUCCUGCUGGACUCCCUGUUUGAGACAACCAGGGUUGUGUACGUCUUCAUCUGUGAGGUUGUGAUAAAGGGCCGAGGCUCUUUACAGACAUAUGAGAUGUUGAUAAGCAUUGCGCAAUACUUAUUGGACAGCUUCCUGUAUUGUCAGAUGAUACUCAGGCACUAGUAUAGAGCGUUACUUUUAUUUUAUGUAUCCUAGAUAGUUAUUAGUGUCCAAGUUAUGUACACAAAUGUAAGUAUUGCAGACAUUCCAAAAAGUAGUGAUAAAAUCAUUUAAGUCACACACGUCAGGGGUGUCCAAACAUUUACUGAACGGUGUUAUUAUAUAUGAACUAUAAUUGUACAUGUAUUAUUAGACUGUCUGUUAAAUAAUUUUAAAUUAUAAAUGUUAGGAAGAAAAACGUAUUCAUAAAUAAUAUCUUAAGCCAGUUCGAUGGUAACGAACAGGACAAUUAGCAUCGUGAGUAUGUAAUUCAUGGCCAUUAUAUGCAAGUAUUUAAAAGACUGGCAUAAACGUUAAGUAAGUCGCAAGAAUAGUUAUUUCUUACAAAAGAAUCAUAAGUAAUUUCAAGCUAUUCUUAUGCAGACUGAUCCGACUUGAGUCGAUUAAAAGUAAAGCAUUUUUCCGUCAGAAGCGAUUGAAUUAACGUUGCAGCUAACAUCUUAAUUUCUCAUCAUAUUCGAAUGAGUGUUACUUCAAAAAUAUCCUUCUGAGAUAUAUUUAAACGAAUUGCGGACGACAGUUUCGACACCCCUGAUAUUAAUCACAAGAUAUAUGGAUCUCGUUUGGAAAUGAAGUAUUAUUUUAUGAAUCAAAGUGAGAUUUAGUUUAAAGUUAGAGUUAAACUCCAUAACGUGUAGUAACUCGUAGUAUUAAAUACUUAGAUCUUCACUAGAAUCUUUAUUCACUGUGAUCUUAUUUUAUACACUUUAAACAUUGUUCCUUUUUGUAACUUUAUUUUUAUGUAUUCUCUUUUGUAAUUAUAUUUUGUUUUAUUUUUAUUAGAUGUUUAUUAAUUUGUCAGGGAUUAAAAACAUGUGGUUUGUGCAUAUUUAAUAUAAAUCAGGCGCUAUACAUUUGUGCAAAGGUUUCAUUGCACUAAUAUUAUUCAUACACAUGAUACAAUUUUUGUAAAUAUGUUGACACUGGUAACACUGCGAAAUGACUUUAAUGUAAAAAUUUUUUUUUUUCGAAAUAAUUUCUCGAUUGUAAUUUUAGCUGCAUUUAAUUGUCAGUUUUAUUAAUUGUCUUGCUUAUAAUUUUUCAUUAACGAAUCAACUUAAUAAUCACAGUGUUUUCGUGUCAAUUUGUAGUUUGUGAGUGUUACUAAUGAAGCUUCAUUGAUUGUCGAAUGUGUGGCGCCAGUUUUACCGUUAAAUAAAAAAAAAAAAUUCGAUAAUACUUGUAAAAAAUUUAACGAGCUUAAAUGAAAUUCAAAAUUAUAUCUUGUAUGGAAAUAUGAUUCAAAAAUAUUGUAUCUCGUGUAAAAUAAUAUCCUGACAGAGUAUUAUUAAAAAAUAAGUUUAAUAUAUAAUCAAGUUCACUCAGCUCGAAGCUCGUUAUAAUUUAUAAUACGUAAGAUAUCCUUUAGCUCUAAUCAUCACUCGUUAAAACACCAUUGUACUAUAUAAAGUUAAUAUAAACUGUUAAAUAUUAUAAUCCUCUCGAUUAACAGGCUAAGCUUUAUACAGUAGGUUUUGCAAAUUUGAAAAUCAUGUCAAAUAUCUGUCCAGCUGAACUCAAAACUACCAUAAUGGUGCCAAUUUAGUUAUGGAGUUAAAUCAAUCAUUAUCCUUUUCCAAUCAUAGUCAACAGCUGGACACAAACCUCUCCCAAGUUGCGCCAAGCUCUCUGGAUCUCUGAAAUGUUACAUUUUUACUAUACUUCACGGUCCUAAAGAAAGCAGCUGAAUUUACAUAUUUUUAUAAAUACUAUUUGAUUUAUUUACAACUAUUUUAACAAUCCACAACAGGGGUAACUAUUAAAAAGGGAAUAAAUUGUUGGUACCAAGACGAAGUCGGGAAUAGAAAUUAAUAAAAUAUUUCAAUAAAAAAAAAAAUCAUGGGUCAUAGAAUAGACA